AUGCUGCAACCACGACUUCCCACCCUGGCCAGGGCGUUCAUUCGCUUUGCGCCAACACAGCUUCCGAUUCGCAGCUUCGCGACCGCUGCCACGCCGGAUUCGGCGCCCAGCAUUGCCAAAGCAGCGUCGCAGUCCUCGACCAUCCGCACCUACAAGCCCAGAACUCCAGGCGUGCGUCACUUGCGACGGCCAAUCAACGAUCAUCUGUGGAAGGGUCGCGCACAUCUGCCUCUAACGAUACCGAAAAAGGGCCACGGAAAGGGUGGUCGCAACGUUUACGGCCGCAUUACAGUUCGUCACCGCGGAGGUGGUCACAAGCGCAGAAUAAGAAUCGUUGAUUUCGUGCGCAACCGUCCUGGCCCGCAUCUGGUCGAGCGAAUCGAAUAUGACCCUGGCCGUAGUGCACACAUUGCCCUGCUCACGGAAAAGGCCACUGCACGCAAGUCAUAUAUUGUUGCGGCUGAUGGUCUGCGAGCUGGUGAUGUUGUUCACAGCUACCGCGCGGGCAUCCCUCAGGAUCUGCUCAACAGCAUGGGUGGUACUAUCGAUCCUGGUAUUCUCGCUGCCAAAACAGCCUUCCCUGGAAACUGUCUGCCGAUGCAUAUGAUUCCCGUGGGAACACAGGUAUUUUGCGUGGGCUCUGCCGCCAAGCGCGGUGCCGUCUUCUGCCGCAGUGCGGGUACCUACGCUACGGUCAUGAACAAGGACGAGGAGACCAGGUCAGAUGGUGUCAAGGUUGUGACUGGCAAGUAUGUCGAAGUCCGACUUCAGAGUGGCGAAGUCCGCAAGGUCAGCAAGCAGGCGUGCGCAACAAUUGGUGUUGCCAGUAAUGUUCACCACCAAUACCGCCAACUCGGCAAAGCCGGCCGUAAGCGUUGGUUAAAUAUUCGCCCAACGGUGCGCGGUCUGGCCAUGAACAAGGUUGAUCAUCCUCACGGUGGUGGACGAGGCAAGUCCAAGAGUAACCGUCACCCCGUUACGCCUUGGGGCCGACCUACCAAGAGUGGCUACAAGACGCGCCGCAAGAGCAACGUCAACAAGUGGGUGACCGUGCCAAGGCCACGCAACCACGGCGUGCAGAGGAAGAAGAGAACAGGUUGA